CUUCGCCCACCAAAGGAAGUCCCCAACUCUCUACCACUCCACAGGUACAUCAGACUGAGUGGUAAACUAAACGUCCAGGCUGGUGUUGUUUGUAUAUGGUGUCGUUACGCAAGGCUACCGGUGUAUUUUGGCUGUCUUCUGUCACAUCCACGCGGGCUCGGAUUCUAUCAAUCAUGGCGGGAUCGCCAUUCUCUCUCGUGCUAAUGUGUCUUAUCUGGGAAACUGCAGCGUUUAAAACACGGAUUACAAAGCCCACAAACUGUAGCAGGAAUGAGGUAAGGUUCCAUCGUGGCCAUCAGUACCUGUACCACUAUAGUACCACUGUGGAGACGUCGUUUGUGGGGACGACAGAGUCCAAAUCUGCUUUUAAACUGGACUGUGAAGUGAAUGUGGAGGCAAGGAGGAAGUGCGAAGCCUAUAUGAAAGUAACUACGUGUUCGCUCUACCAUAGACAACCUGGAGGCGGUGAUGCUUAUAUCAAAGAUACAGCUUUGUCAACUGACAUAACACGCCUUCUGCGCAGGGAGCUGUACUUCCAGUUUGGCCGCGGAACGAUUCGACUUCGCACCAUUGUAGUGAAGAACACGGAGACAAAUGAUGCUCUCAACAUAAAGCGAGGAAUUCUGUCAGCACUUCAGAUAAAACUUAUCACAGAGGAAGCUGGGGACCAGAUACAUACUAUGGAAACUGAGGACUUGUUCGGGUCGUGCCCUACAGAUUAUGUAGUUGAGAACACCGGUAAGAUCCUUACAUCCAGAGACAUCACCAGGUGCCAAGUUCCUCAUUACAGUCACCAACAAACAAACCUCUUCACUAUGAUAAAGAGGGUGUAUGGUGGCUACCUACACGGUGAUAUUGAUGAGCUAGCCUAUCCAUUCAACUCGACUGUAAAAUGUGAACACACAAUAGGAGAUAAUCAUAAACUUGAGGAAACAAAAUGUCUUCAGCAACAGCAGUUUCGUCCUUUUGCACGCGAGGGUGACAAAAUAUCUACAUGUAUGACAAAUAUCAGGUAAGUGUGGACUAUCAAUGAACCUAUAAUUACACUUGAGAAA